AUGGGCCGCAUCGUUGACGGACUGGUUAAAAUCAUCAGUAAGACAGUCGAGACCACAAAACGAGUCACAGCAAUCAAGGCAGCAGACAACGGUACUUUAAAGGUUGUCAUCAAUGGCGAUGAAGAGAGAACCUAUAAUCAUGUCAUCAACACUGUGCCCCUGGGCGCCAUGCAAGUAAUGGACAUGACCGAGUUAGAUCUCGACUACCGCAAGAAGCUCGCCAUCAGAAGGCUCCAGUACGACCCUGCUGGUAAAAUUGACAUGAAGUGGGAGAGGCUUGACUCAGGCUCCUUUCAAGGCGGGCAAUCCUUCUCCGACCUCCCCAUCCGCCGUUGCGUCUACCCGUCCUACGGUCUUGACACCGCCGACGCAGCAGGGACUAUGAUCGCCUCCUACACCUGGGGCCAAGACAGUGCUCGCCUGGGGGCUUACUACACGCACGACGACGCGCGGAAAAGAAUCAUUGAAAUCACCCUUCGGAACCUCGCCGCCAUGCACAACGUGACAUGA